UGACAACUUCUUCUUGUCACUUCAACGUCAAUGUCACCCUAGUGCGCGGUAUUCUAUUUAUUUUGAAGUUUGUUAGAAUUAUUAAAAAAGUAAAAAAAAUUAUUUAACAUCAACAAAUGCAACUGAAUGAUCCAUAAAUAUGUCACAAGAUAUUCGGUCCAUGUUUAGUGCCAUGGCCAAAAAGGCCGGUGGCCUAAAACCAAAAAAACCUGUUAAAAUUCUAGACUCGGACGAUGAGGACAUUGUGGAAAAUACCCCUGAAAAAACCGCGGUUAAGCAACCCGUGAAACGUAGGGCUCAUGUGCUCAGUUCAGACUCAGAGGAAGAUGGAAAAGCAAAGAAGAAAAGCAGCAAAUCACCUUCACAGAAGGCCAAAGGAUCUUCAUCGGAGAAGAAAAAAGCGCAGUCUAAAAAGGACGAGAAGCCUAACUUAAAAAAGUUGAAACCUGUGGAUAUUGAUUUUUUUAAUAAGCCAAUUAAGCAGACUCAGGUUAAGCAGAUGCAGAAGGAGGAUAAGUCAAGUAGUAAAGAUGAGAAAACAAAAAUUGCCAUAAAUGAGGGAAGGAUACAUAAUGAUAAAGCCUUUGAAGAAACUUUGAAACACUUAGAUGAAGAUGAUGGAGAUGACACAGAUGACACAAUUUUAUUAGACAACUUAGACCUCCUUGAUAAAACUAUUGAAGAAGCAAUGAAAGCAGAUGAAGAAAAUACUGCAAAAAAAUCAAAUAAAAAGAGCAAAACAGAAGUACUGGAGAAGAAAGUUAAGGAGGAGAAAAUCACCCCAAAGAAGAGACCAAGAAAAACAUCAGAAUCAACACCUACACCUAAAAAAAAGCAGAAACUGGAACAAACUGACUCUGGUAUCGAUGAAUGGGCAAAAAUAGACAGAAAAUAUAAUGCGGCAGGCAUGUAUGCUGCUUAUCUGCACAGGGGAGGCCCUAAAAAUCAUGGAGAGAAAGUAUAUCCCAAGGGCAACCCCGAUUGUUUAAAGAAUUUAACAUUUUUAAGAACUGGAGUGCUGGAUUCCCUUGAGGGUGAUGAAUUUGAAACAUUAGUGACAGAUCAUGGUGGAAGAGUGGUACAUGGGGUAUCAAAAAAAGUGAACUUCAUGGUGGUGGGAGACCAACCUGGACCAGCAAAAUUAGAAAAAUCAAGAAAGUAUGGUAUACCAGAAAUAGAUGAGGAUCAGUUUUUGGACAUGAUUUUGGUAAAGUCUGGGCAACAGCCCAGAUAUGCUGAAAAAGGUGAUGCACAAUCCGAUGUGGCCUCCGAAGAUCUUGGAAUUGGUGGCUCUGAAGAUGGCGGAUCUCCAAAGAAAAAAUUAGCAGAGGAGGAGUUAUAUGUUAAAAAAGAAUCCACUGAAGGUAUUAAAGAGGAGGCCUUAGAAGAGAAAGUAAAGCCAAAAAAAAUAGAGAAAGUUACACCCGAGUUGGUUAAAAUUAAAGAAGAAGUAAAAGAAACUGGAAAGAUUAAAGAAGAUUCAAAAGAGACAGUUGCUGAGCCUGUUAAAGUCAGAGGGGAGUCAGUGGUUCCCACUACUGAAAACUUAUCAUGGACCGAAAAGUAUAAACCCACUGACAUGACAAUGAUUAUUGGUCAACAGCAUCAAAGCAGCAACAUGAACAAGCUGAAAAAUUGGCUGCAAAACUGGUUUAAAAAUGCAAAUCCCGAGAUCAGAAAAAAACUUCCAAGACCGAACUUAUACAAUCAGUUUGACGGAUCCUGGUUUAAGGCAGCCCUUUUGAAUGGAUCACCUGGUGUGGGCAAAACAACAACAGCUACCAUAGUUGCGAAAGCGCUAGGGUUUGAUAUUGUGGAAUUUAACGCCUCCGACACCAGAAAUAAGAAACUUUUACACGAAGAAAUCUCUCAUAUGAUGGGUUCAAAGACCCUUGCCGGAUUUACUAGUCAAACAAAAGAUAAAACGACGUUAAACCAAAAACGGGUACUUUUGAUGGAUGAAGUUGAUGGUAUGGCAGGGAACGAGGAUCGUGGAGGGAUAGCCGAACUGAUUAACUUUAUUAAAACGGCAAAAUUCCCGAUUAUAUGCAUGUGUAAUAAUAAGGAUUUACAGAAAAUGAGAACUCUGGUCACUCAUUGUUAUACCUUGAAUUUUGAGAAGCCUAAAGUCGCUCAAAUUAGGGGUGCAAUGAUGUCGGUAUGUUUCAAAGAAGGCCUGAAAAUCAAACCGGACGCCUUGGCCCAACUGAUCGAGGGCACCGGCUGCGAUAUCCGGCAAACGUUAAACCACUUGGCGAUGUGGUCGGCUGCGAAGAAGGAUUUAUCCUCGGAAACCGUCGCGAAAGAGUCGAAAAAUUCACAAAAAGACGUCGUCUUCGGUGCGUGGGACGUCACCAAAAAAGUGUUCAAUAAACAGGAGAAUAAGGACAUGUCCCUGGUGGACAAAUCGAGGUUGUUCUUCUACGAUUACAGUUUCUUGCCGAUGUUCGUUCAGGAGAAUUAUUUGUUCGUGGAGCCUGAAUGCACUGGGUCUAUGCCGAAAAAUUUGGAAAUCUUACUACGCCGCCAAAAAACCGCUGAAUCCCUUAGCGUGAGCGACCUGAUCGAAUCAAAAAUCCGUAGCACCAAUAACUGGUCCCUCUUGGAAAGUCAGGCCUUCUAUUCCACGGUGUUUCCCAGUUAUUACAUGUCUGGAAACUUUAAUAAGGUGCGAUUCCCCAGUUGGUUCGGCAAAAACUCCCAGAGAACGAAGAGUUUGAGGAUCAUCGGAGAAGUUCACGCACACGCAAGAACAAGCAUAUCCGGCGAUAAAGUGUCGGUGCGGCUGGACUAUGCGGAGCCGCUGUUAAAAAAGCUCCUGACGCCCAUCCAGGAGAAGCAAGAGGCGGGAAUCGCGGAUACUUUGGACGUGAUGAAGUCGUAUUCGCUUUUAAGGGAUGAUUUGACUAAUUUGUGCGAGUUGAUGUCCGGAUUUCGGGAUAAGAAAGCUAAUCCGUUCGAUAGUGUCAGUUCUAAGGUAAAAGCAGCCCUUACGAGAACUUAUAAUAAAACAAUGACGUUGAAUUUCGCGCCGCCGACGGCGUCGAAAAAGAAAAAGGGCGGUGGAGACGGUAUGGAGGACCUUCUAGGCGAAGAAGCCGCCCUUUCAGAUGAUGAAGAUGAAAACGACGACAAUGUCGACACUGAUGCUUUGGUCAAGGUGAAAACUAAAGCGAGCACCAGCAAAGCUUCGGAGGGUAAAGCGAAAGGAAAAGCUAAAGAUACUAAGGGUACAAAAGGAAAAAAUAGGAAAUAAGUAUUGAUUUUUUAAAUUAAAGGGCUCGCGUUGAAAUGUCUCAUUUUAUUUAGGUGUUAAGUGUAAAAAUUAAUGUCUCGAUUUUGUGCUCGUUGCUGUUUUAUUUGAGGAUAUUUUUGUUUUUAAACUUUUACAUUUAUUAUAUUACACUAUACAAUAGAAUAAUUUUUUUUG